AUGGCAUCGCCAAUAAUAUCUGGUCGAUGCCUGAGAGCCAACAUCCUCCACCUCCCGCCUGCGAUCCGCACCUCGAUCUACGCAAACACCCGCUCCUUCUCGUCAACACCGCAACGAAAAGUCGAUGCUGGGAGUACUCUGACCUCCAUCGCCGUCGCCGUCCCUACCGCCGUCCUUGAUGGCGUCCACGCUAUCGGCCUUCCCUGGUGCGCCGCCAUUCCAGUCACGGCCAUCCUCGUCCGCGGUGUAUUUGGAUACUACAUCGCCGCCAGGCCUGCACGCAAACGUGCGUUGGCCCAUCUCAACCUCGCACCACUCAUCAACGCUCGCGCCAAAGACGAUAUCCAGCAGUGGGGAAGCCGGCGAGAGCAAGCGUACGAUCAAGGCACACUGAAAAGGCCUCCUGCGGGGGCACGUAAACUUCAAUUGAUUGCCAUGGCGAUGUGGUACAGGAUAAAAGGGGGAUACCAAUUGGGCAAAGCCUAUGGCGCCCCAACGUUCACUUGGCAGAAUGGGAUCAAUUUCGCGACUUUGCUUGCUUUCACGGAGGCUGUGAGGAUCAAGUGUGGGACGAAAGAGGGUCUUCUUACUCUGCUGCUGGGGCCUUUGCAAUGGCUGCAAGAUGAUGCUCCUGCUCGGCCCGUUGAUCCAGCAGAAGCUCUUGCCGAACGAUUAGCCGCUGCUCGGGAAUCAAAACAACAGCAAUUACUGUCUUCAGAUGCUCUGCCCGAUGGAAAUGCUCUAGCCAAUGAGUACCAGCUGCCACCACUUAAUACGUCGGCCUAUCUUGACUUCGCAGACCCGACCAUGAAGGUGGAAGGGUUUUCGUGGCUGCAGGAUCUAACCAUUCCGGAUACGACCCUGAUCCUGCCUAUCACUCUCGGAUGCAUCAUGGCCGCCAAUGCUCUGCUCAGGCCAUCAGUGAAAAAGCAGCCGGACACCGUCAAAGAUAUACAGGAGAAACUCCAGGCAUUCGACGAAUCGAAUGACAUAACCCCUGAGAACAAAACGUCGACUAGUAAAAGCACUUCCCACCGCGACACGCCCAAGACAAGUGCUGUCACGAACGAUGUGCUGCAUGCUCUCGAAGUGGCCGAAAAGCUCAACGCGGAAAUAGCGGCCAAGAAGAACAAGCCAGACCGCUUUUUCGUCAACCUCAGCACUGGCAAGCGCUUGAGUCUGAUCUUUGCAUUAAUGUUUACUGCCAUUGCCCUUCAGAUGCCGGCUGCUUUGGUCCUGUACCUGUUUGGCACAUUGGCCACCGCAUGGCUGCAAGGCCGCUUCCUCGAUGUCAAGUAUCCUAUGCGCCAAGUCAUCGCGCCUUGCAAAAGGCAGAUGAGGUACAAAAUCAAGCGAGAGUAUAGCGACGUGUGA